AUGCAUGCAGCUCCUUCACCCCCGUGUGACUCUUUCGUUGAAAAAGCAGCACUCGCCUCCACACGAGCAUCUGCAGGGGCAAACGCGAGAGAAAGUGAAGCGUCUUUGCUAGCGGAUGAGGAAUCUUUGCAGCAGCACCUGUUGCUGCUGCAGCCGGCGCUGCACGAACCACACGGGCUCACUCAACUGCCAGCUGCUGCUGCUGCAACAGCUGCAGCAGUCGUAAUGCCACUUCGAAAAGCACCCCAAGAUAAUAGUCCUUCCCCAGCAGCUACAACACGGCGAUGCAGGUGCUCCGCAUCAGCAAAGCGUUCUGACGUUGAACCGCCUGUUGCAAUUCACGCUGCUGCUGCCGCUGCUGCUGCUGCUGCUGCAGAGCUUCCUUUUGCAGAAGAGUUCUCUUCUCCUUCGGGAGUGAAUUACGAGGCGCACUCCGGCGUAGCUGUACGUACAGCAGCAGCCAGACCACCUGCAAAGGAGUAUGCCCCUCAUGCCGCACCGCUGUUGCUUUCCCCUGGUUGCAGCGGUCAGCGAUGCAGCAGCAGCAGCAGCGUCAAGAAUAAUGCAUACAUUGGAAGACGCCGAGCGAGUAGCAGCGGCGGAAAUAGCCACCCUUGCAACUCCCCGUUAGAUGCGCAGCCUCCGGAGGCGGCGAUCGCAGAGGCUGCUGUAUGCAAGCAGCGCUCAACAAGAGCUCAUGCACCCUCCUCCGCUGCCCAGCAGGCUGCAUCAGAAGCAGUCUGUACAGUGGAAAUUCAGCGCUUGCGAGCAGACUCAAAAGCACGCAGUGGAGUUUCGGCGUCUGCGAGCUGUCGAGAAUGCAGCGCAGGGAGGGGCAGCCUGGCAUGCGUGUCUGUAGAGGGUUCCUCCAUGGCGAUGCCACAUGAGCAGCAGGAGCAGCAGAAACAGCAGAAGCGACAAGAGCAGCAGCAGAAGCAACAAGAGCAGAAAUCCUCAGCAGCAGCAGCAUCCGCAGCAGCAGCAGCAUCCUCAGCAGCAAGAAGAACAGCGUCGCCGCACUCCGCAGCAGCAGCGGCUGCUACGGCUGCAGCCGUGCUGCAUCAGCAACUCGUCUCGGGUGCUCCUAAGAACGUCGAGGAAACGGCGACUAAGAUUCUCUCGCAGCAGCAGCAGCAGGCACCCGUGGGCGGGGGAGCUGCCACGGCAGCCUUGCAGCAGCUGCUCAUCGCAUCGACCGCAGACACCUCCUCAGCACUGCCGCACACACCUGCCGUCGGAGGGGUGGCUGGAGUUGGCGCAGGAACCGUAGGAAGCACUCCUCCCCCUCCAGUGGCUGCCGCUCUGCAGGCAUACGGCUGCCCGCCAGGUGUAUCCCCAGCAGCCGCGGCAGCUGCUGCUGCUGCCGCUGCUGGCAUUGCGGGAGGCGACCCCACCAUCGAUAUGGCAGCACGCGUGAGCAGUGGAACGUGGCUUGUCUACAGGUAUGAGUUGUUUCCCGGAGCAGCAGCAGCUGCUGCUGCUGCUGCCGCAGCUGCUGCUUCCGCCGCCGCUGCAGCAGCUGCCUCCGCAGCUGCCACAGCAGCAGCAGCAGCAGCAGCAGCAGCACGAGAGCGGGCCCUUUUCGCCUUUAGCCUCGGCAGCAGCACUGCCGUCUCACCGCGAUGCACAGCAGUACACUGCUGCAGCAGGCUGCCGUGCUCUCUGGACGCAGUAGCAGCAGCAGGAGCAGCAGCAGCAGGAGUUGCCUCAGGCAGCGGUGGGCUACCCCUGGAGCUGGAAUAUACGGCAGCAGCUGCAGCAUCUCCAGCACAUGCAGCAGCAGUGUCUGGAACCGCUGCUCCCCCUUCUCCCCCCCACGCUCGCUGCAGACUGGCGGAGAGACAGCGCGAACGGGGGCCCCUUUUUGCUGCCUUCUGCGGAGGUUUCACGCACGGCGCCUCUUCAUUCCCCACAGAAAUCUGCAGAAGAGAGUGCACGACUGCGGCAGACACGGCACAGCGCAGCAGAGCUGCUAGAGAGGAAACUUUGACGGUAAAGCAAGCCGUGAAAUCGUCUGUUUCUGCCUUGCAUGCAGACGCCUCCAUCUCCCCUCCUUCCCAUGCGGCUUGA